AUGCAGUACCACUCGGAGCAGCCCUCGGGGCUCCCCCCGCACAAGAGCGGAAGCCGCCGGCGCGCUACGGUCGCGUCCGUCAGCCCGCUCGAGCUGCGCCUGCAGGAGUUUCAUAUGGUCGGGGGAGGCGGAAGCAGGGGAGGCGGAAUCGGGGGAAGCGCGAUUGAGCGCGGAAGCAGCAAGCAUGCAGGGUCCGGCGUCGGCGUAGGGUUACCCGUUCGCAGCGCUUCGCCGCACAGUGUCGCCAACCACGCAGAGUCGCCCGGGCACAUGUCGGACGGGCGCGGCUCCGGCAGUCACUCGAGCCACGAGGGGCGCCGCAGGCGAAAAUCCUCCGAUAACGUCGCCGUCGAGGCGCGGGCCUCGUUGGCCGGUCUUAGUCUUUCCGGUUUAAGCGGCGGGUACGGGGCGGUCCCUACGGCCACGGGGAACAGCACGAACGGCGGCGGGGGGCGAAGCAGAAGCGGCGCAAUGGGCGGCGCGGCGAGACAGCCGACGCUGGAGUCGAUGCGAAACGGGGUUAACAACAGCAGCAACAGCAGCAGUAUCAAUAGCGUCGUCGAUCCGCGAUUACCGCUCGUCAACACCCCUGACUCCAUACCGUCAGAUGCGGACAAGCCGCGGUUUCCGUUAAAGCCAUCUGUGAACGCGGCGCAAUUUCCGCCGGGGAGCGCGGAGUUGGCGGCGGCGGCGGCGGCUUUGGCGGCCGCUGCCGGCGGAGUCGCGUAUUGCAAGCCGCGGUACCAGUUCUGCCCGAAUUGCGGGUUUCAGUUAGUAGAAAACCCGAUAAUAGAACCCAUCUUAAAGCCCGUUGUUCCCGCUAUGGCGGAGGAGGAGACGGAUUCGGAACAAGACUGCGACGACGACGCGAGCGAGGUAUCUGUACCACGUGUCAAAGCGCCAUUGGCGAACGCCAAGGCGAAACCCAAGAAGGGGAAGAGCCACGCGGAAAAAGAAAGGCCGCGCAGCAGGCGUUCUUCCGCGGAGCACAGUAGCAGCGGCGGGGGUGAUUCCGACGCCGGCGGAGGGGGCGGAGCUUCCGCCGCGGGGAGAGCGGGAAGCGACGCGGAAGAGCCUGGCGCGCGGAAGCCCACCCCCGCGUUUCCCCCGUCCGCGUCUUCCGCAGGGAAAGAGAUUGAGGGGAGCCGCAUGGACCGGCUGAGAGCGCCGGAGGUGGGACAGCGCCAGGUGCUCCGCCACAUGGAGAAGGGCGGCGGAGCGGGCGCGGGCGGCGGAAAGGGGCGCCAUCGGCGCAUCGGGAGCGUGGAUCAUAAUAUUUAUUCCGCUGCUAUGCCGCUCACGAAGGGGCGGCUGGCGGGCGGCGCGGGGGCAGCGGCGGGGAGGGAUCAGGGUUACGCGGAUGCGGAGGGGGGAGGGAUGGGCGCGGGACGCGCGGGGAUGAGGGGGAUCGCGUCUCCCGUUCAGGAGGAUGACGGGGAGGGGACGGAGCGUAGCUCGCCGACGGAAUCCGUCGCGUUGUCUGACGUGUCCGUGGCUACGGGGCGCGACGCGCCGGGUGGCGGCGCGAGCGCUGUCAGCGCCGCGAUUUCCGCCCACAGAAAGCGGUUGGGGAUCGGGGGCGAUGGGGGGAGCGAGAGGGGGAGCGAGCGGGGGAGCGAGAGGGGGAGCGCGGCGGGUUCGCCCAGGGGGGAACCUGGAGGCGCAGGGUCUCCGCGGAAGUCCGCUAUAGGGCUGAAAAAGCUACAGCUAAGAGUGGAAAUCGGGGCAGAUGAUAGCGGGGAUGAGGGCAGAGAGGUUAAACUGGUGGCGGUAGGCCCCCCCGCGGGGAAGGCGGGGGGAGGGGGGAUGGGGGGAGAGGGGGCAGGGGGAAGCGGAGCAGGAGGAAUGGGGAGAGGAGUGCGGGGGGUGGCGGGGAUAGGGUCUGUGAAAGAAAGGUCUGGGCUGAGGAGGGAGGGUAGUGGGGUGAGAGGGAGUGUCGGGGUUGGGGCGGGCGGGGGAGCAUUGGGAGCAGCAGCAGCAGCAGCAGGGGGGGGCAUACCAGCGGCAGCUGUAGCACCAGUGACCGUAGCGCCGGUGGCUGUAGCGGGGCCGGUGGCGGCGCUACAGAAGGGCGCGCACCGGCGCAUAUCAUCAUGGGUGGACGGGGGCAGCCUGCGGCACACGGACUUCAUCCUGCGCAAGCCGUACCGCGAGGUCACCGAGGUGUUUGACGUGCAGGAGGAGGAGCUGGGCGUGGGGCAGUUCGGCGUUAUUCGAUCGUGCGUCAAUAGAAUGACUGGCGCGCUGCUGGCUUGCAAAACGAUCAGCAAGGAACGGAUUGUGGUUGUGGGUGUGCUGCUGGCGUGUAAGACCAACAGCGAGGAGCCAACUGUGUGUCCGGGGGAUGCAGCACAAGGAGGUGCGGUGGGGUGGGGAGGGGUUGCACCUCCUUGCGCAGAGGUGCGGGAGCAGGUGGUGCAGCCUCCCCAUGGGUUGAUGUGCCUGGCCUCCCCCAUUGCUCUCCAUUGCCCGGAGGAUGCAGAGGACGUGCGCAAGGAGGUGCAGCUGAUGCAGCAGCUGCGGGGCCACCCCAACAUCAUCGACCUCUAUGAGACUUUUGAGGACAGCAAGGACAGCAAGGUGAGGCAAGUGUGUGCGGUGUGGGAGGAAUCGCACGAUCUGCAAGGGCGGGGUGCUUUAUUGUCACUUCGAUACCCUCUUCACCUUUCUCCACCUCUCUUCACCUUCCCUUGUCAACCCCUCCUCUUGCCCCCAUCGUCCCUGCUUGUGGGGCAGCAUGUGCACCUGGUGAUGGAGAUCUGCAAGGGAGGGGAGCUGUUCGACCGCAUCAAGCUGAGGGGGCAGUACAGCGAGCGCAGCGCGGCGCUCGUGUGCCAGACGCUCGUGGAGGCGCUGCUCUACUGCCACUCCAAUGGCAUUGCUCACCGCGACGUGAAGCCGGAGAACAUUCUCCUCAUGCACAAGGAUGACGACACCAAUAUCAAAAGAGCACAGGGUCGAUGGCGCUGUCAUUAUUUUUUAGGCGCCUCCAAAAUCCGCGUCACCUCGUUCUCCUCCCUCUCCUCCCUCUCCUCCCUUUUCUCCCUCUCCUCCCCCUCCUCCCUCUCCUCUCCCUCCUCUUUCUCCUCCCACUCCCUUUCUGCCUUCUUCCCCCCUCCCCCCACACCUCUUUACAAGAGAGCGCGAGCCUCUCACAGAGCUCGUCGGCACGCCCCACCACAUGGCCCCAGAGGCGAGCCCCUGACAGAGUUUGUCGGCACGCCCUACCACAUGGCCCCAGAGGUCCCCACCGGCUCUUACAGAUGUGCAUCUCAUUCUUCCUUGUCCCUAUCCUCUCCUCACCCCUCCCUUACAGGCGAGCCUCUCACUGAGUUCGUAGGCACGCCCUACUACAUGGCCCCAGAGGUCCUCACCGGCUCGUACGGCCCCGAAUCUGAUAUCUGGUCGGCGGGUAUCGUCCUAUACAUCAUGCUGUGCGGCUUCCCGCCGUUCUGGGCGGCGAGCAACGAGGGCAUAUUCGAUGCGAUCCGGCGCAAGGAGGUGCAGUUCAGGUCCGCCAAGUGGCGCACU